AUGACAUGUGUAGCAGAUGGAGAACCACAACCCACAUAUAUUUGGAAGAGAAACGAGUUUUUAUUCGAAGUUGCUGGUAAUGAUGAUCGAAUCGUUCAGUUGCCGAACGUAGGAACUAUGGUCAUCAAUAGACCAGAAGAUAAAGAUGAGGCCUUUUAUCAGUGUUUGGCCGACAAUGGCUAUGGUGUUUCAGCUUCCAUCAAAGUUAAUCUUCGUAUUGCCAAGCUUGAUCCGUUUGCUAAUAGUCCAGCGAUGUCGUAUACACCUUAUUUAGGUAAUUCUCUGACUUUGGUGUGUGUGCCACCAAACAGUGUACCAACUGCAGACGUGUUUUGGACCAAAAGAGAAGAAUUUGGUGGUUUUAUACCAAUUAGUUACAAUGCCCGAGUAACCAUGGAUCAUGAAUCUCGACUGAGAAUAACGAACAUACGAAAAGACGACGAGGAAAAUGACGAUGGUGAAUACGCUUGUAUGGCAAUCAAUAUGGACGUUCGCGAUGUUAAACAGGGUUCCUUACACACAAUCAAAUCAAGAGGAGAAGUCGCUGUGCUGAACCAAGUAAGAUAUAUGUGGGCCUCACCUUCCGACCAUUUUGGUCUCUAUGGCGAUGAGUUCAAGCUGAAAUGUAUCUUCUCUGGAAACCCGACCCCUGAUGUUCACUGGACUAAAACUAAGGGAGGAAGUUUGCCGGACACUGUAAAAACGAGAAGUUUUGGCCAAGAGUUGGUGUUCAGCAGUUUGGAGUUUUCCGAUGCCGGAGAAUACGAGUGUUGGGCCACAAAUACCCAGAGUACAAAACGUGAACUUCGAACUUUCAAAGUCAGGAUUGAAUCACGUCCAUUUUGGGUAGUAGAACCAAAAGAUGUAGAGAUAGGAAUCGGAGGAACUGCGAGAUAUACUUGUCUAGGAGAAGGAACCCCACCGCCAGUACGACAUUGGUAUAUCAACACUGUUACUGAUCCCCGAAUCACUCAAGGGGGCCGUUUCCGUGUAUUACGAGGUGGUGAAGCCGUGGAGUUGGUUAAUGUAACUAGGGAGGAUACUAUGGUGAUUCAGUGUAACGUGACCAAUAAACAUGGCUAUGUUUUCAGUGACGUUUAUCUUAAUGUAUUAUCUGAAGCUCCUACGAUUAUUCGUCCACCUGAGUUAGUGAAGGUAACAGCUGAGGGUUUGUCUGUGAAUAUAUCGUGUGGGAACACGGGGAAACCUGACCCACAGGUCACAUGGUAUGUGGAAGGUCAGCAGAUUACAGGUGGUCGUUAUGUUACCCAACUUAACGGAGAUCUACUAAUAAAGCAAGUGGUGCUGUCGGAUGCGGGGGUGUAUAUGUGUGAGGUGGAGAAUUCAUACGGAAAGGCCAACGCUACGGGAACUUUGUCAGUUCGGAGAAAAACUUUGAUUGAACAGGCUCCGUUGGAUUUGGAAGUGAACGCUGGAACUGAUGCCAAGUUUACGUGUUCAGGAACAACUGAUCCUGAAGAAGUUCAAAAUUUGCAAAUCUUAUGGGCGAAGGAUAAUAAACCAAUCACAGCCAACGAUCAGAGAAUGACGACGAAUAUUCAGGAUAAUUCGUUGACUAUAAGUGGUACGAUUGUCCGUGAUUCAGGAACCUAUACCUGUAUUGCCACCAACGGACUCGAUGCCUACACCAAGUCAGCCAUGUUGACUGUGAAAGAUCGUCCAGAUGCACCUACUAAUGUAAUUAUAAAAAGCUGUGUGGAUGGUGGAAACGCUACCAUGAAAUUUACACCUGGUAGCUAUAACAACGCUCCUAUUCAAUACUUCGUCGUCCAGUACAACACAUCUUUUAAUCCCGACCAAUGGAAUUUUGGAUUGAAAGCGCAACCAACGGAAACGGACGUUACGCUUCCUUUAUCACCAUACGCUAACUUCACAUACCGAAUCGUAGCCUACAACAAAAUAGGCGAAAGUGAUCCCAGUUUUCCCUCGGAUAAGAAAUGUACUACUAGCGCUAAACUGCCCAGUAAAAAUCCAGAAAAUGUACGAACCAUUGGAUAUCGGAAGAAUAUGUUAUAUAUGGAAUGGACACCAAUGCCUCAGAUUCAACAUAAUGGUCCAGGAUUUCAAUACAACUUACAACUCAAACGUCAGGGUGACCCUGAUACAUCAACAAGGGUCGAAACUUUCAGCGAUUGGAGGAUUGACCAUUUUGAACUGCCUACAGGCGACACCUAUAAACCUUACGAAAUUCUUCUGAAAGCUAAAAAUGCUCAGGGAGAAGCUGGAAACGCUAAAACUAUUAUUGGAUAUUCAGGGGAAGAUAUUCCGCAGAUAGAACCGAGUAAUUUCCAGACAGUGAUGAUUAACGAUACCUCGGCUACUGUGUCGUGGAGUUUUGAUCUAAAUACUAUCGGAAUGUUAGAUACUCCAAUACGAGGGGAGUUUAAAGGUUUUAAGAUUCAGUAUUGGCAAGAGAAUUUUAAGGAGUAUACAAUCAGAGAGUAUGAUGUUACAGCUGAGGAAUCCCUGAAGCAUGCCCAGGGGAACACCAUCACGGCUGUGGUCAAAAAUCUCCUGCCCUUUACUCAGUUACAGAUGAGGAUAUCGGUCAUGAAUAAUUUCUACGUCGGUCGACCUACGGAUGUUAUCAGUUUCCAAACAGGCCCAGGAGUAUCUGGUCCUGUAGAAAGAUUUGCAGCUCAGAGUAUUGGUAAUAACCAUUUUAACUUGGAAUGGAACGAACCACUGGAUAAAAAUGGAUAUAUUAUUGGAUAUGACAUAGGCUAUCAGACGGUAAAUGGAUUAGAUUUGGGUAAGAUGCAGGAUCGAGAACCUCAAAUACAAGAUUCAUUAACAACAAUGGCUAUGUUGAGUGGUUUAUUAGCUAAUUCGAAAUAUCGGGUGUAUAUUUGGGCGAGAACUGUUCAAGGUCGAGGUGAUGGAUAUUUUAUAGAAUUAACAACAACUGCUCCUGGAACGCCAAGAUACACGAUAGAAUCAGUCGGAGAACAUUACGUGAAUGUUACGUGGUGGUUAAACACUUACGUUAAAUCAGGAACCGUUAUUUUCGUUGAAUACAAGAAAGAUGGUGCGUCUGAAUGGUUGAAAUCAACUGAUGAAGUCAUCAAUACGUGGAAGAAUAUAACAGACCUGGAAUCAGGGACUACUUACGAAAUCAGAGUCGUGGCUACUAACGGAAAACAACGAACAGAAUCUGGUACUACUGAGGUGACCACUCUCGGUGUUGGUAAGUUGAUUUUAUUACCAGCUGCUGCAUCUGCUCUGGUAGCGAAUAUUGGUUGGUUUAUUGGAAUGUUGCUAGCGGUGAUAAUAGUUAUAGCAAUAGGAGUGGGUGUAUAUUGCUGUGUCAAGGCUGGAAUGGGAUUUAAACGUGUUGCCACGGAGGAGCCUCGAGACGCGCCUUAUAGCGGUGUCUCCUACGCAGGUAUUAGUACUUUACUUUACGCCCUAUGUUCCUGA